AUGAGCAGCGUCUUUGACCCGGCCAACCUCAUCCUCCCUCCUUUUGGGAUUCUCCGACACCGAAACAUGCUAUCCUCCUCACUGCGCCGGGCAGCGUGGGCGCCAAUUGCUCCGGCAUCUGGCCUUUCUCGCUCGUCCAGCCAGGGCCUUGCUGCAUCCUCCGCAGGCAUCGUCCGCACCACGCAAGCACGUCAACGCCGCUAUUCCUCGUCAUCCUCCAAGCCUAGCGAUGGCUCGAGAAAGAUCGACGCCUCCUCUCAAACGCCCGCGAAAGAAGUAAACUCUGGAGAGAAGCGUGAGGGCAAGUCUUCGCGCCGACGGGGGAAAGAUGGUAGUGGCCGCAAUGGCCGGCCGACAGCUUUUUCGAGGCCACUUCCUCCCCUCCCCAGCGUUCCUUCAACGCAACAUCUGCAACCGCAUGACGUCCAUAUCGCAUCCUUCUUCUCCAUUCACCGCCCAAUCUCCGUCUCUACAACCGUCCCUCCGCCUUCGAGUUCAGAAGCAUUUGACUCUAUAUUCGCUCCUAGGCAGCGCACGAAGGGCGAGGCGGAUGAUGUGAUCUUCACUCUCUCCUCCGCCGUCAACUCUAUGGAGAAUGCCACGCACCGCCUCGUCGAAAACGACGGCCACAUGGGCGCCUACGAGGUUGACGGAGCUCAGUUCGACGGGUUAGAUAUGACCGAAUUGAAAAUGUCCGUGGAGGAAAUGACUCGACGCCUUCGUCCCUUCAACCCUCCACCUCCUCCCGUACCUUUCGACGAGUCCAAGGAGGCCGCGCUUGCGGAGGCGGAAGACGUACAUAACUCCCAGAGCUACUCGACCGUUUUGACCAUUCAGGAGUCCACUCACUCCGACGGAAGCAAGACAUACGAGGCUCACACGACGCCGUUUGUCCAGGCUCGGUCCAUGGAAGCCCCCGCUGCUGACGGCGCCGAAGUCAUCAUCGACCACCCCUACAAUUCGGAGAACAACUACAUCGAACGUUCACGAAACAUUGGAACCAUGCAGGCGCUUAGCACAAAAAGACGCCGCCGAUUGAAGAUGAAGAAGCACAAGUUCAAGAAGUUGCUCCGCAGGACAAGAACGCUGAGACGCAAGCUUGACAAGGCCUAA